AUGGUGCGCAAGCCCGAGCUUGUACCGCGCCCGCUCUCUCAAGCUGCUCAAAACCCUCCCUAUCCUACCACUCCGCCGGACGAGCAUCCACCGCCAUUUCUGCACGAUCCCCACCCGGCCGACACCAACAGCUACCAGUUUGUCAACCACGAAGAUGCCCACCGCCCCGAGAGUGACUCCGAUAUCAGCUCCUCCUCCGACUGGGACGAGCCCGAGGAUGAUGAUGGGGAGCAACAGAAGCACGAUAUUCCCGCUGCGCUGAGGCCUGGCGGCCAUCAGGCGACCUCAUCCCAGCAAAUGAAGCCCAAUGAGCUGCCCACAUUGCUGAGGGUAGGACCGCCAGGAGGCUCGCCGGCCCCGCGCAUAUCGAUCGACUCGGAGGAUGAUAGGCCCAAAAUCGAGGAGAAAACUGAAGAGAAGAAGCCCGAGCCUCAACCCUCAGUGACGUCGCCGCCGCCUGCGCUGGCCACGCCGCCCCCGGCCAUCGCCUCGCCCCCAGCACCCGCCGUGGCCACGCCUCCGCCUACUGUAAACGCAGUCUCUGAAACCCCAACUACUGCUACGCCAGAGCGUCGGCCUACCAUACCCCUCAAAUCUCAGAACCCUUACUUGAGCCUCCAGUCUCAAUCAAACGAACAAACCUCAGGCCAAGAGGGCGGCGCGACUAAUCCAUGGUCACCACAGCAGUCAAUUCCACAGGAACCCAUUGAAAUGCCUUUGGACAACAACACCCCGGUGGAACAAUUCUCAAGCAUGUCUCUCUCGAACGCCGUCGAUAACAAGGCGCAGUCACCGCCAGCUAACCCUCCUCCGGGUGUCCCGGAAGACACUGUUGAGCAGGCAACGGCUGAUGCCACGGCCCCGACAUCCCCCACGGCAGCUACACAACGCCAUGAUUCUAAUGCUUCCAGUGCCUUUUACCCUGGUAUGGAUGUCUCUUCUUUGGACGCGCAUAGCUCGCGAACCUAUGGCCUACCGGAAGACUCAGAUGCUCAACCAAACCGCACAUGGCAAGAGCAGCAGGCUUGGGAAAAGAGCGAAAGGGAGAGAAGAGAGCGAGAGGCUGCUGAAGCACAAGAGAGGGCUAUGCAGGAGGAGAGGGAGAGACAAGCGGAAGAGGAGUGGCAUAGAGGUGAAGCAGCCGCAAAAGCCGCUGCACAAGCACAGGCACAGGCACAGCCCCCUGCCCAACCUGCAGAGGAGACCGCUCCACCUCUACCCCCUCGCCCCGGCACUUCGUCGACUACAGCUGAACACGGCCCGUCGCGUCCGCAUAACAUCAACACUGCUGGUGCCGCCGCCGCUGCUGCUGGAGGCCCUGAAGUAGAAUCUCCAGGCACAAAGCAAAGGAAGGAGAACUAUUCUAUCAAGCACAUCAGGUGGUUUGACAAUCAUACAAACAACCUGCGCGAAGCCCCGGUCUUGACACAAAACGCCAAUGGCCCCUGUCCUCUCCUGGCUCUCGUCAAUGCUCUGGUCCUUUCCACGUCACAACGACAGCAGUCAAGCUUAGUGGAAGCUUUGAAGACAAGAGAGACCAUAAGCCUUGGCUUGUUGUUGGAUGCCGUGUUCGACGAGCUGAUGUCUGGCCAACGAGGGACCGCCGCUCAGGAAUUGCCUGAUGUUGGUGAUCUGUAUGCUUUUCUACUCGCGUUGCACACCGGGAUGAAUGUCAACCCGCAAUUUGUCGCGACCGAGUCUGAAAGUCUGAUUGACCAUCCCGUGCCGCAAGGAAAUGCCAAACCGGGUAGUUUCGAGCAGACCCGAGAGAUGCGGCUCUACAGUACCUUCAAAGUUCCUUUGAUUCACGGAUGGAUGCCGCCACCUGAUUCAGUCGCGUAUGCUGCUUUUGGUCGUUCUGCAAAGACCUAUGAAGACGCACAGAACAUCCAGUUCCACGAAGAAGAACUGGAGGCAAAGCUCUCGACAACCGGUCUUUCGCCUCAAGAGCAGAACCUGUAUCAGGAUCUGCAAGCCAUCAAAGAGUUCUUGCAGAGAUACCCUACGCAGUUGACCGAUUACGGCCUGAAGACCAUGAGGGAUAGCAUUCAGCCUGGUCAAUUCGCCAUUCUCUUCCGCAACGACCACUUUUCCACUAUUUACAAAGAGCCCCGCUCUCAAAAGGUUUUCUCUCUGGUUACUGAUGCGGGCUACUCUAGCCACGAGGAGAUUGUCUGGGAAAGCUUGGUUGAUGUCACCGGUAGAGGAAGCGAGCUAUUCUCUGGUGACUUCCGGACAGUCAGUCACAGCCAAGGGUCCGCUCCAGAGCGACCGAUUCGGAGCCUUCUUGACGAUGAGCCUCCUCGCCAAACUAGUGGCUUUCCCAACGGUGGAGGCAUCACUUAUCCUCAGGAAAGCGGCACUGUUGGUGCUACUCCAUCCACUGAACAAGAGGAUGCAGAUCUCGCCCUAGCUUUGCAGCUGCAAGAGGAGGAAGAUGAUCGCCACCGCCGUGACGCAGAGGAACGCCGCCGGCGGGAGAAUGAAUUAUCCCACAACUUCCUUUCUAACGAAGCAAACUCUCAUACAUCGCGCCCCGGUCGCAUCACAGAUCCCAUUCGCGGAUCAGACAUCCGGCCGCUCAUCCCUCCGCGCCGUAACAACGUCCAGACCAACCGGCCUCAGGUCGACGGAGAAGAACCUCCACCACCAACUUAUGAGCAAGCUGCCAACUCUCCAGCGUACGUUCCCGGACAAGGCCUACCGAAUCUACCGCAAGGAGCGGGCGCAUCUAGUCAUGGUCGUGGUCAAAGUGCUUACGCGUCAACCAGUCAGGGUCAAAGCUAUUUCAUCGGCGGAAGGCCGAACGGACGCGGCAGAAGAACAAGCCAACCGACGCUCAGUGCCAGUGCUGCGGGUCCUAGUGUCCCCGGCGGCAGAAGACAUAGUGGACAAGGAGGCCCUGGCAAGGAAGAAAAGUGCAUUGUCAUGUAA